AUGUCUGCUGCUGAAUCGGCUCCCAUGGACAGCGCACCUACUGAAAAGCCUGUCAAAGAAACACCUCCAGUGCCGAGUGGACCUGUCGAUAAGCGCAUCUACAUUGGUGGUUUGCAUCCCUCGACGACCGAAGAACAGAUUGUAGAAAGAUUCAGUAAAUUUGGCCAAGUCAGCAAUGUCACCAUUGCCAAGAAUACAGACAAUGAGUGUCGAGGAUUUGCGCACAUGACCAUUCACACAGAACCCAAGAAAUGGGAUGCAUGUCUCAGUGUGUAUAACGGUGCCAAAUGGAGAGGUCAAGAGCUGAAAUUAGAGGAAGCCAAGAUGGACUGGCAAGAGCGCAAGCGUCUUCGAGAAGAAAAGAUAAUGGAGCAGGAAGAAAAGAAAAAGAAGCGUCUCCUGAGAUGGAAUGACAGUGAUGGUUUCCAUGCCAAAGAUAUGACACCAGUGACAGACAACAACAUGGGCACCAGAAAGGGCUGGAAACGCGGACGCUAUGGAAGAGCCAUCUCCGUGAUGCGAUUAAAGAAGGACGACGGCACUAAAUUCGUAUUUGAACCCACACACUACAAGAACAACUUGACCAAGCUCUACAAUAUUGGCGUGCGCAUGAAGCCUGUCAGCCAGUUGAUCACCAAGAUAGGCGAUGAGAGUUCAGACAGCGAGGAUGAUUGGCCAUCGUAUUCCAACAAGACCAGGGAUCAAGAUGAAGAAGAAGAGGAGGAAAAGGCGACACACACAGCGAUAUCAAUGACUGACGAUGAAAAGCGAAGAGCAGCCAUGGAAAAAAUGUUUGAGGAGCAACGAAUCAAAAAGGAGAUGAUCAGUAAAGCACUUGCUGGACAAGCAGAAGGACAGAAUCACACUACAUUUGACAAUGAUGACGACGAUAUCCAGGUGGACGAUGCCUUUCGUAUGGACGUGGAUCAAGAGGAACAAGAGCCCACGAAGCCCAUGGACGCCAAAAAGUGGAUGUUUGAUUCCGACGAAGACGAUGAUAGCGACGAGGAGUUGGACAUCAAAAUCAACCCUGUGCUGGAAGGCGAAGCAGGCCGAAAGAGAUUGGAAUUGCAAAAGAAGUUCAAGGGCGAUGAUCGUUUCAAAUUGGGCGAAGACUUUAUCGAUGAAGAGGAAAAGAACGUUCAACCCAAGGAUCUGGGCGAUGAUAUUACGCAGAGCCUCGAUGCCGAGAAGGAUCAAGCCAUGGACGUGCUGCGUGCCAUGUUUGGUGACGAUAAAGUGAAUUCGAAGCCUAAACAUCAGAGCAAUACGUGGGCUAGUUCAGACAGAUUUGAUCCGGAUGCUGAUGAUUCUUCCAAGUACCUGGCAGGGGCUGCUGUGGAGGAGGACACUACCACUGUCAAGCGUCAAAAUGAAGACGAUGAUGACGACGACGAUGAAGACUUCUUUGCUCAACCUAAAAAAGCUGAAAGUGCUAUACCUGUUGUGUCCACCGAGAAGCACUUUGAAGUGAACACCAACUUGAAGCCUUUGUUUGGCGAUGCUGGAGAAGCACCCUUCACUCUGUUUGGUGGAGACAAUGAUGACCAUGAUCAACAAGGACCAUCCUUUGGAUCAGACAAGAGUAAAUCCCUGUUUGGUCAUGCUCAUGAUGAUGAGAUAUCUCCCAGUUUCACUCCCAAGAAGGCAGAAGGUCGACUUGGUUUGGGCGUGCUAUUCUUUUUCCAUUUAGAUGAUCCCGCUUUGAUGCAAAAGAGCUGCUAUGCAUAUGAUUCAGAAGGCGUGUUUCAAGAAAAGACUGAAGAGCGUGAUAGUUAUGAAAACAAGUGGCGGACCCAAAGACCUGUGAUCAAGGAGAUUCUCAAGAAGCGACAAAAGAAUGCCAUCAAAAAUCAAAAGAGAAGAUCUACCAAAUAUUUAAAAUAG